CAUAUCCCAAGUCUUAUAAAUAAUCCAGCAACCAAACAAUGUGAAUCCGCCCGCCACGCUUACGAUGACGUCACCUCAUUUCUUCUUCCACCUUCUUCUUCUUCUUCUUCUUCUUCAUUUCUAACCCAGAACACAUUCUUCUAGUCUCCUUUCUUCACUUGCCGCUAUGUCAACGGGCGGGCCUUCCUCAAGUCACAGACUCCUCCUCUGCCACCUCUUCUUCAUCUUCAUCAUUCUCUUCCUCUCUGGUGUCAAUUCGGACGAACUCGAACUCUUACUCAAACUCAAAUCAGCUUUCCAGAAAUCCAACACUAAUGUCUUUAAUUCAUGGGAUUCCGGUAAAUCUCCCUGCGAUUUCACCGGAAUCACUUGCAAUUCCGAUGGGUUUGUUAAAGAAAUCGAGCUUUCGAAACGAGGUUUGACCGGAAUUAUUCCUCUCGAUUCCGUUUGUCAGCUUCAGUUCUUGGAUAAGCUCGCAUUAGGGUUCAAUUCCCUGUUUGGAACAGUCGCCGACGACUUGAAUAACUGUGUUAAGCUACAGUACUUGGAUCUGGGUAACAAUUUCUUCUCCGGGUCGUUUCCUGAUAUUUCUUCGUUGACCGAAUUACGCUUUCUAUAUUUGAAUAACAGUGGGUUUUCUGGGAUUUUCCCAUGGAAGUCUCUGCAAAACAUGAAGGGCCUUGGUGUGCUGAGCUUAGGGGAUAAUCCAUUUGAUAUUUCUCCGUUCCCAAACGAGGUGGUGAAUCUCUACAAGCUGAAAUGGAUGUAUCUGUCAAAUUGCAGUAUCGGCGGGAGAAUUCCGGUGGGUAUCGGAAACCUUACAGAGCUGGAGAACUUGGAGCUGUCGGAUAAUAAUUUGAUCGGAGAGAUCCCGGGGGAGAUUGGGAAUCUGAAAAAUCUCUGGCAACUUGAGCUUUAUAAUAACCAGUUGACAGGGAAGCUCCCUGUUGGACUGAGAAACCUUACGGGUCUUCAGUAUUUUGAUGCUUCUUCUAAUUAUCUUGAAGGAGAUAUAUCAGAGGUUAGGUUCUUGAUCAAUCUUGUAUCUCUCCAGUUGUUUGAAAACCAGUUCACCGGCGAUGUCCCGGCUGAGUUGGGCGAGUUCAAAAAUCUCGUCAACCUUUCUCUUUACUCAAACAGAUUGACAGGUUCUCUGCCACCCCAGUUGGGUUCCUGGGCUGAUUUUGAUUUCAUUGACGUAUCCGAAAAUUUAUUAACGGGUCCAAUUCCGGCUGAUAUGUGCAAGAAAGGGAAGAUGAACGCGCUUCUCAUCCUUCAAAACAGAUUCACUGGCGAGAUUCCGGCGACGUAUGCUACCUGCUCGACCUUAAAGAGAUUCAGAGUCAGCAACAACUCCCUGUCAGGAACCGUCCCGGCGGGUAUCUGGGGAUUGCCGGAAUUGAAUAUAAUCGAUAUCGCGUUGAAUCAGCUGGAAGGUCCGAUUACUUCUGAUAUCAAGAACGCGAAAGCUCUCGACCAGUUGUUUGUAGGGUACAAUAAGUUAUCCGGCGAGCUACCGAAAGAGAUAUCAAAAGCAGAGUCUUUGAUUGCCGUGGAGCUGAACAAUAACCAGUUUUCCGGCAAGAUUCCGGCGUCAAUUGGUGAACUUAAACAACUGAAUAGUCUAAAAUUGCAGAUGAACAUGUUCUCUGGUUCCAUACCAGAGACCAUAGGCUCUUGUCGCUCUCUAACCGACCUGAACAUGGCUCAGAACUCGUUUACCGGCGAAAUCCCAUAUUCGUUAGGAUCUUUACCGACGAUAAAUUCGCUGAAUCUGUCGGAUAACAAACUCGUCGGUGAAAUCCCGGAAACUUUAUCAUCUCUGAAACUAAGCCUUCUUGAUUUGUCCCACAACAGAUUAUCCGGUCGUAUACCGCAAUCUCUAUCCAUUGAAGCAUAUAACGGCAGCUUUGUCGGUAACCCAGGUCUUUGCAGCUCAACGGUCAGCUCGUUCCGGCGAUGCUCGCCGAAUUCCGGCAUGUCCAAAGAAGUCCGUAUACUCAUCCUCUGUUUCGCAAGUGGCAUCAUCGUCCUCCUCCUCUCCCUCGCAUGUUUCAUGUACUUAAAGAAGCGCGAAAAGGAUGAAGAACGUUCAUUAAAAGAAGAAUCAUGGGACGUGAAAUCUUUCCACGUCUUAACCUUCACAGAAGACGAGAUUCUAGAUUCCAUUAAACAAGAUAAUUUAAUUGGCAAAGGCGGCUCCGGCAACGUCUACAAAGUCCUCCUCUCAAACGGCAAAGAACUCGCCGUCAAACACAUAUGGAAUCACAACGUUCCAGACCGGAAAAAGAGCCGGAGCUCGUCUCCGAUGAUCGGAAAACGAGGGGGGAAAUCGAAAGAGUUUGACGCAGAGGUGCAGACUCUGAGUUCCAUCCGACAUGUGAACGUGGUGAAGCUGUAUUGCAGCAAGAGUGAGGAUUCGAGCCUGUUGGUCUACGAGUAUUUGCCUAAUGGCAGUCUGUGGGAUCGACUGCAUGGCUGCAAAAAAAUGGCCAUUGACUGGGAGACAAGAUACGAGAUAGCCGUCGGCGCGGCGAAGGGUCUGGAGUACUUACACCAUGGAUGCGAGAGACCGGUGAUUCACAGAGAUGUAAAAUCAAGUAAUAUUUUAUUAGAUGAGUUUUUGAAGCCGAGAAUUGCAGAUUUCGGUCUGGCAAAGAUUGUUCAAGUCAACGCAGGGAAAGACUCAACUCAUGUCAUUGCUGGAACCCACGGCUACAUUGCUCCUGAGUAUGGAUACACGUAUAAAGUGAAUGAAAAGAGUGAUGUGUAUAGUUUUGGGGUGGUAUUAUUGGAGUUGGUGACAGGGAAGAGGCCAAUAGAGCCAGAGUUGGGAGAGAACAAAGAUUUAGUGGAUUGGGUUUGCAGCAAAUUGAAAACAAAAGAGGAAGUACUGAGUCUUGUCGACUCAAAUAUUCCACAUGUUUUUAGAGAAGAAGCUGUCAAAGUGCUGAGGAUUGCAAUUCUGUGUACAACUAGACUGCCGACACUGAGACCUACUAUGAGGAGGGUGGUUCAGAUGUUGGAAGAAGCAGAGCCUUGUAAGCUUGUGAGUAUUGUCAUUACUAAAAAUAGUGAUGGGAAAAUGAAGGAAAACGAUGAUGGUGAAGAUAAUAACUUGGGCGGCAAGUGUAUGCAUAAAUAAAAACAACAGAAAA